AUGUUCAAGUGGUUGAAAAGAGAUAAAGAACAACCAAUAACAAAUUAAAAAAAGCUAUACAAUCAAUUAUCCAAAGAAUAAGCUUAAGAAAUUUUAGCUAAUUUUUCAUAUAGAACCAUGGCUGAUCUCAUUUUUAAAGAUGAUUCUAAUCCAGAUUUGAACGUAGAAUAAGAAUAAAAAAAGAAAAUUCAAUUAAAAACUGAAUGCCAUAUGGAUGAAUAAGGAACUCUACAUUUCAAUUAAGAAGAGCAAUUAUCUUGGGUUGAUGAUGAUUCACAUUAUGAAGAAGAUGAAUUAGAUAAGCAAAUAUAUGAAUAAAUGUAUGAGGAAAUGUAGGAAGAAUUAAAUUAAAGAGGAGAACGAGAACAUUUUAGACCAAUUACUGGUCCUGAAAAUAAUGAUAAUGAUGAAUGGGAAACAGAUAGUGAUGAACAAAAUUGA